UUUCCGAAUGCUUGGAGGAUAUGGAGUGUCAUCUAUGAAGAAAACUGUUUUAAGCCACAGACAAUUCAACGGCCUUUAAAUCCUUUGGCUUCUGGUCAAGGAAAAAGUAAAGAGAACACUUUUUACAGCUGGCUAGAAGGCCUCUGUGUAGAAAAGAGAGCAUUCUACAGGCUUAUAUCUGGUCUACAUGCAAGCAUUAAUGUGCAUUUGAGUGCAAGGUAUCUUUUACAAGAUACUUGGCUGGAAAAGAAAUGGGGCCACAAUGUCACAGAGUUUCAGCAGCGUUUUGAUGGGGUUUUGACUGAAGGAGAAGGUCUGAGAAGGCUGAAGAACUUGUACUUUCUGUACUUGAUAGAGUUAAGGGCUCUGUCUAAAAUGCUCCCAUUUUUUGAGCGCCCAGAUUUUCAGCUCUUCACUGGAAAUAAAGUUCAGGAUGCAGAAAACAAAGUGUUACUUCUGGAGAUCCUUCAUGAAAUCAAGUCAUUUCCUUUGCAUUUUGAUGAGAAUUCUUUCUUUGCUGGGGAUAAAAAUGAAGCACAUAAACUGAAGGAGGACUUCCGACUACAUUUUAGAAAUAUUUCCAGAAUCAUGGAUUGCGUUGGUUGUUUUAAGUGUCGACUGUGGGGAAAGCUCCAGACUCAUGGUUUGGGCACUGCUCUGAAGAUCCUGUUUUCUGAGAAACUGAGAGCAAAUAUGCCAGAGAGUGGACCAAGUUAUGAAUUCCAGCUAACCCGACAAGAGAUAGUAUCCUUGUUUAAUGCAUUUGGAAGGAUUUCCACAAGUGUGAGAGAAUUGGAGAACUUCAGGCACUUGUUACAGAAUGUUCACUGAGGACAGCUUGAAAGGUGCCUGUUUCUGGACAGGGGAGGCCAAAGAGCUGAAUCUCUCUGAGCAGCGUGACUGCAAUGGCCGUCUUAAGGAAAACAUUUCUACAAAGCUGCUUUUGUAA